AUGCAUCAUACUCUUACACAUGUUACACAGCUAGAUGUAUGUCCACCUAGGAGACGUCGUGGUCCACGUAGACGUCGAGUCUUGCCUCCAUCAGCUCCAUCUCAACCUAUACAUACUGAGACAUGGCAGAUUGCACAGAUAGAUUCCACAGAGAUGUCUCUUUAUCAUAGGCGUCCGCAGAGAAAGAGGAAGACCCCAUCAUGUGUGAAUGCAUUUAACGGUGCUCUUGUAUGGAGGAGGCAUCUAGGGGAGCUCACAGGGCUUAGUCCAACAGGGAUUGUAGUGAAUGUAACUGUGUCAAGAACCACACCUGCAGUAGCUGAUGAUCUUAUCGUUAUAGUAAUCUAUGGCCCGGCAGUGGUUGUUGCUGUCAACCGAUUAAAGGGGACGCUCGUGUGGUCCACCGUGCUAGAUCCACGUCCCAGAUCUCAAAUCACCAUGUCUGGAACACCUUACUCCGGGGAUUUCUACGUUGGCGUAUCAUCACUAGAGGAAGCCCUACCUCCUGAACAAUGUUGCACUUUCCGGGGUAGCAUGGCCAAACUAGACAUUGGAACUGGAGAGGUACUCUGGCGAACUUAUAUGAUUCCAGAUAAUGGUGGCCAAAUAGGAGGCUACUCAGGAGCUGCUUUGUGGGGCAGAAGCCCUGCCAUUGACAUUAAGAGAGGUCUUGUUUAUAUUGGAACUGGAAACCUGUACAGUGCUCCAGCUGAGGUGCUAGAGUGUCAAGCCAGGCGAAAUAAUCAAACAACCCCCUCUCAACCUGAUCAGUGCAUCGACGAUCCAAAUGUUCACUUCGAUUCCAUUCUGGCCUUGGAAUUAGACACGGGAAAAAUCAGAUGGUUUUGCAGAUUCGAGGAGUAUGACGUCAACUAUUUUGCAUGCCUAGUGCCUAAUAACCCAGCCUGUCCUCCUGGACCUAACUUGGACGCUGACUUCGGAGAAGCUCCAAUGCUGCUUACUAUAUUUUCAAACGGCACAAAACGUGAUGUCGUUUUUGCUGUCCAGAAAAGCGGUUAUGCGUGGGCUCUAGAUCGCGACUCUGGUGAUAUAGUUUGGUGGCUGGACCAGGUGGUCUGGAAGGAGGAGGAGUGUGGGGUGCAGCUACAGACGGAAAAAGGGUGUACACAAAUAUAG